ACAUCACCAGUCUUGAGUGUACAGCAGUUUUAUCUGAAUGGCCAUAAUAUAAUCAUUUUUUCGGACUUAUGCCAAGUGGUUUUAAAGACUUGGGGGUCAUACAACAAUUUAUAUAACAUGUUGAAAAAACAUGGAAUCGGGACAUGCCGAUUUGAUCACUUACAGCUUAGAUGGCUGAAGAAUUCUGGAUUUGUUAAUCUCCAAGUUAAAAAUUGUUCAUUUAUUAUCGAGAAAGAUUUCUAUCAAAUACUUCACAAAUAUGAUGAGGAGAACAACACUGAUCGUGCAAAAAGAAUUCAGCUGUCAAGUCCAAUUACAAUGGAUAAUCUUAGCAAAACAAACACACAGUCUCAGGGUGGGAAAAAGUACUGUAACAAUGAUAUUUUGGCUGUUGGUAGAAAGACCUCAAGUCAAAUCUGUGGAUCUUCAAUUCAGAACACAUACACAUAUCUCUCUACAAAUCAAGAUCAAGAUUUCGUAACCUUGUCUGAAGCUUAUAGAUUAUUUGAAACCAAGUUCAGAAGGCCAGACCUUUUAAACCUGGUGUUACACAAUCUAAAGAUAAAUGUAUGUAAGUUAACAGCAAAUGAAAUGGCAAGGGUUGAUACUAAUGCUGGAGUCAUGUGUAAUGAUGACACUUUAAGAGAACUGUAUAUAACUAGAGAAGAUUUUGAGCACGCCUUACAGUACACCUCAGCUUUUCUUGAUACAAGUCCAGCCACUGUUUCAUCUGGUCAUUUGGAAGCAUUAAGUAAUUCUAUGGCCAAGAAAGGGAACAACACAGAGGCACACAACUCAGCUGGAUUAGUAUCUAGUUCCUCUUCAACAACCUCUGAAACACCUAUGUUGUCUGACACUGGAAACUUCUUAGAAUCAGAAACAGCAAAAGAAAGCAACAGUGUCCCUAGCUGUGUAAUUAGAACUUGUCUGGUGGAGGGCGAAGUUGUUGUGUGUGUUCCUGAUCUGCGCAAAGUCGUUAUUGAUCUGUAUGGUCAAAGCGUCCAAGUUGGCAGCUUAAUGCAUCGGCUUGGAAUUCCAACACACCGUUUCUCAAGCAUGAUCUUGAAGCAUCUCAAAGGUCACAACAUCUUGAGUUCAAGAGCAACCCUUUGUACUUACAUCACAAAGGCAGAUGCUGAAAGACUGCUCAAGAUGUACCACAUGUGUAAUCGUUCCGAGAACCAAAGCGAAGAUCCACCAAGAAUUGAGUGGAGUGAGCCGAUCAUUCUUGCAAAUGACUUCAAUGCAACCCGUGGAGACCACCUAGCAUCACCACAGCUGCAGCAGUGUGUUCAAGCUGAAUUAAAGGUUCCCUUGUUUAUCAUAAACCAGCAAGUGGUUGUUGCUAUGCCAGAUGUUCAUAGAGCUGUUCAAUUGCUGAAUGGUAACAGUGUGCAGUUACGUUACAAUCUUGACAAGCUAGGAAUUGUCAAACACAAAUACUCCUACUCUGAUGUACUUCAUCUGAAAGUUUUAGGUCACAUUAACAGGCCAAGUGUGUGCACAUACAUCACUAGAGCAGACUUUGAUGUCCUUCUACAGUUUUACACAACUUCUGCAAAUGAACACAAAUUGAAGUUAAUUGAAUUACAGGAGCCAGUAGUGGUAGAGAGAAUGGAGAGCAAUUCUGACAGCACUUUUAGUGCUGGGGCUGGUGAAGAAGUUGAAGAUGAGGAUGAAACUAAUAAGGAUCAGGUUGAUGAAUAUUCUAUAUCUGAUCUUUACAAAGUAUUUGUGGGUGAUGACCUAGAUUCCACUCAGAGCAGCCAAAAUAAUACUGAUGAUAAUCUACAAGAGCAAAUUUCUCAAUGCAGGUCACCACCAACAAGUGUCAGCAUCUUGCCUUCUUCACAACUCAAUAUUGUUAAUCCUGACUCGGAUAAUGAAGCUGUCGGUGAUGAAUGUCAAGAAAGUACAACGACUUACAAAAUAGUUUCCCCAAGUCUUUCAGAUGCUGGCUCAUUUUCCAUAGCAGAGCUGGUCACUCAUCCCAGUACAGCUGUUUCAAGCCAUGUAUCUUCUGUGUCACCUCAGCCUAGUGGGACACCUGAUGGAGGUCAUGUCUGUGUCAAAGCAGUGGAAGGUGAAGAACACAGCAAAAAUAUUAGCCCUCCAGCGACAGGUGUCUUUCUUGUUGGGAUCAGACCCACUGUUGACAGUCCAAAGGGUGUGUCCAAGGAGAUCCAUUCUAUUACUGGAACCCAUGUUGUUCAUCCUUCACCUUCUCUUGGCACAAUUCUUCCUGCUUUUGGUUUGCGUGAUGCACACUUAGGUGUCAUCACACAUCAUGGCAUCACAGAGCAUGUUCCAUCCAUUCCAACAGAUUAUAACAUCCAUUCAACAUGUGCCACAACUGCUAGCAGAUAUGGAGUGACGCCUUCAGUUGGUUUGAGUCCUACAAGCUGUGGUAAGAUAUUAGUCUAUAAUCUUGACUUGGUUGUUUGAUAUCAUUCUUGAUCCUUAAAAUCUACUUCUUUGGUAAACACCCAGGAAAACAACAAUAUACAUUAGGCAAGAGCCUAGUCUCCUACACAGCCAUUUGUUGUGUUGCCAUGCAACACCCCUCCCCAAGGAUCAUUCCAAGGGGCACUGCGGGACAAGAAAAAAAGUAUGCUUGGGAGACUAGCUACAGCCAAGUGAGGUUCCACUUAAGCAAACUAGCAAUCAGCUCUAUAUCAUGAUCAGUGUGCAAGCACUGAACUAAACCUGCAUGCCCUUACUCCUUUAAGAGAGUUAAUGCACAUUUAUGAAAUACCGGAAAGCCAAAAUUGGUCAUGGAUGGAUGGUAUUCGUGCUGCUUCUUUGAACAAGUCCCUUGCAAUUUGCCAGUCAUAAGUGGAAACAACAAGGUAGACAAGCACCAAUUCAUUUUUGUAUUAUAGGUUAUUGAUCAUGUCAUAAUAAUUUCCUUUUUAUGGAAUCAGUGAUUUUACUGCCCAAGCAGACCUACCAUAGGAGAAAAAAGUUACUUGCUUGGAUGUAAGCAUCUAAUUUUUCCUGAAAAAUAUUAACACCAUGUCAUCAGAGGUAGUGAGGGAAAAGGAAGUUAUUAUUUUUUCAAUGACUUUUUUUAACAGGUCACUGUCAUCAAAGCAGCAAAAGACCAACUGAAGAUUUAGUGAGUCAUCCAAGAGUGUUUGAACAACCAGCCAAAAAAUAUAGAGGUAUAUUUUGCAUGGGUUGUUUUCAUUGUUAACGUAUUUAAAAUCAAUGUGUUUGGGCUAUUAGCCCCUGAUAUGUACCCUGCAGACUGGAUACAAUACAUUAUUUGAUCUCGACAAGUCUCUGAUUUCCUUUAUUUCAGUGAGUGAUGAAGAUUUAUUAAAGACCCUUCAGCGUAAAGAAACUGAAAUGAAAAUUUUACAUGGUGAGGGAAGUAGUUUUCAUGAAUUGCUUCUACAGUUGAUCCUUCAUUAAGCUCCUUCUAUGAAGUGUAUGGCCACCCUCUAUUAAUGAGUGGACAGUAAUCAAAGUCCCAAAAUAAUAUUGUCACAAAGACUAUAUCAUUGUAAAUGAAACCUCUAUUGAGUGGCCACUUCCAUCAAGUGCCCGUGCCACAUUUUGGCCAUCCUGACAAGAGUUCUCUUGGCACCUCUAACUAGGGACCAACCAUUUGACUUUUGAGGGGGGCGGAUCAUGGUAUGGGCGAUUUCAGAAAAAAAUAUCCUGCAGACUGAUUUUUUCAAGGGGAAAAAAUCUUGCAGGGAAAUACUUGGGGAAAAAUAUCUUGCACUGAAAAAAGUAACUCUCAUGGCAUAUAGCAACAGGGUUUGUACAGAUCUUUGGAUCCAAAAUUCAAGACUUUUUCCAUACUUUCUUCCAAAACAACAAUUUCUUUUUCCAGACCCAAGGUUAUCAAAUAGGUGAUCUAUAGAGACCUUAAAAAAAGCAGGAACAAAGCUUUUUUCAUCAUGCACUGCAAACAAACAGGCAAGAUUGAAUAAGAUAUCCAAAACUAACAAAUAUCACUUCUAAAGCACUUGUUGUAGCUUUGAAAAGUUAGUGCUGUAACAGUGGUGAUGAUAGUGAUAAUGCUGGUGAUGAUGACAGUUCAGUUUAUUCACACCUGUAUACAAUAUUGACACUGUAUAUAGUAACGUAGGAAUAAAAUAACAAAUUAGAGAGAAAAAGAAAAGAAAUACAUUAAUGACUUUGGUAGAAGUGUGCGGUGGUUAGAGGAGCUUAGCUUUUGAGCUAACCACUGCGGACAACUAUGGUAAUGGUCAUAGUAACAGUGGUGAUGAUAGUGAUAAUGCUGGUGAUGAUGACAGUUCAGUUCAGUUUAGUUUAUUCACACCUGUUUAUAAUAUUGACACUGUAUAUAGUAACGUGGGAAUAAAAUAACAAAUUAGAGAGAAAAAGAAAAAAAAGACAUUAAUGACUUUGGUAGAAGUGUGCGGUGGUGAGAGGAGCUUAGCUUUUGAGCUAGCCACUGCAGACAACUAUGGUAAUGGUCAUAGUAACAGUGGUGAUGAUAGUGUUGAAAAUGAAGUGAUGUUAAUGAUUAUUGCAAUGAAAACAUUGAGGAUGGUGAUGUUGAGGAUGAAAUCUGUCUUAAAUUAACAUGGAGUCACACGUUGAAAAAAAAACUGUGUAUUGACUUGCAUUUAGAUGCAUAUCAAGGGCAAAUAAAACAGGAAAGAGAAAACAGACUGGCGAUGCAACAAGAGUUGGACCGGUUAAAGGGUAUGUUACUUAUUACCUUAGACUCUUGUCAUGGGCAUUCAAGUAUUAAAUGAUAAAGGUACCCUCCUUUUCAUGGUAUCAGGAUGAAUAUAGAGAAGCUUCAGCAUCUGAGUAUCAGAAACUACUGUUCUGAGCCUUCUUUUUGUGUGGUGGUGAGCUUUCAGGUCUUAAUCCACUAUAUACACUAACUUGAUGAAUUCGUGUAAUCACAAUAUUGUUGUAAUUUGAAUUAUUGACUUAACUUUGCACAUAACCCCAAAAAGGAAGGAGAUAUAUGGGUUUGGCCAUGUAUGUGUGGCACCUAGUUUAUUUGCUUUGGUUGGGGGUGGGGGUAAUUUGGUUGGUACCAUCCGUCACAUUUAACCCGUCAAUUGCACACUUGAUCAUUCUUCUUGCAGCAAUCAUAGAGCAUUUAACUGCUGAAGCUGUCUCUGCAUAAUCACAGUAGUGCUUGUAGUGGAGAGCCAAUUUUAACCCUUUGAAUCCUCAGAUCAAAAUUUAAAUUCUCAUUUGUUGCCCCUAUUAAUUUCCUACAGAAGUAGUUGGGAGAAGUUUUAAUCUCUAGCAAAUUCAUCUUGUGUGAUCAUGUCCGUAAUUCUCAUGACCACUCUGUUUUACAAAGCAUUGAUAUAACAAGGAGAAAUUUGAUGCUGAUCACUCUUAGGGCUUAAGGGUUAAGAUUUCAUAAAUAACGUACUUGUGGUGAUCAACAAAUAACUGUCGUAACGCUCAAGGUUUAUGGGAAGGUGCAUUGUUUUGCAGAUUCUAAUACAGCGCUUUUAAAGAACAUCGAAAGAAAAGAGUUGGAAAUGCAGAUUUUGCACGGUAACCCAUCUUUUCAACUAUCUUUUUCCUGGUGAUAGUAAAGCUAUGUUUUCUUUCUAAAACUGAAAGUGUAACGGCCAUCCUAUCUCCCGAUUCUAACCUUGAUUUGCAAGUGUGGCUUACAAUAACUUGAGUUUCUUGGAGCUAUAAAAACACAAAGAAAUAAUCAUGUAAAUUUGCACUGCCCAACCCCCCACCUACCCUAACUUGAAUGGGGGCUAACUAGAAAACCAAGCAGAAUUUUUCUUCCUAGCUCGCACCUUUCAUUUCCUUUAUUAGUUUCGUACUUAGGUGAAAUAUCAUUAAGAGCUCAAUAAAGAAUUGUCUUAAUUGUUUUGAAUCAAACUAAGUUGAACUGAAAACACUUAAACUAGGAUUUCACAUUGAAGUCCUCUCGUUUCCCUUAUCGUCUUGUUACCACCAAUACCACGAAACACUCAUAUCAUCCGCAUGUUUUCAGAUUCAUACAAGCUGCAGAUGGACUCAGAACGAAAGAGGCGCGAGGAGCUAGAGAAUGAAGUAUUUCAUUUAAGAGGUGAGUACAAUGUUCCUAUGACGUGCUACGAAAUGAAAGCAAGACCAAUG